AUGGAGAGUAUGGCACUUCCUCUGCAGCAACAGUGGCAAUGGUGUUUUGUUUUCCCAACAUUAGAACGGCCUGAUGUCGGCAUUGGCGGCGGCGUCCCAAGUCAGCAUGAUAUCCGCCUGGGUGACAUUGUGGUGAUCAGUCCGCGGGAUGGGAUGGGUGGGUGGUGGGUUCCAACAGGGGUUUUGAACCAGCCGCCAACAGUCCUACAGGCUGUGAAUAGACUCAAGGCACAUUUUGAAAAUGAAGGUCUUGAGCUCAUGAAGGUUGUCAACAGUGUUCUUGAGAAGAAGCCGAGGUUACAAAAGAAGUAUAAGCGACCAGAACCAAGUAGUGACAGGCUAUAUAAACCUGGAUUCAUUCAUCCCCUAAACAUUAAACCAAGCUGUGCGGUAGUCUGUGGUGAUCAUCCAUCAAAGUUGACAGUUCGUGCCCAACGGACUGAAGAUGAGUCUCACAAGAAUGAGGAAUGGCAACGAUAUGCAGCGAUGGUGGCAGCUGCAUAUGCUAGAGAUCUUCUCUACCGCCUCCGUCCAGGGAACGUGGAGGUUGAGAAGCCGAUCAGGGAUAUCCUUUCUUCUGUUGAGCAUAGGGUGAAUCAACUGCAGCAGACUUCUCAAAAAAUAGCUUGUGCCGUUAAACACCUGGGCAACGAGACAAACAAAGAUAGAUCGAACGCUGGUUAUCACCGCCAGACAACAAAAUGUGCAAUCCGCUUGGAGCCAUAA